CUGCUUGUGGACCACAAGUUGUGGAGGAGCUCCGACGAUGCCUCACGUCGAUCGCAGUGGUGGCUCCGCUCGGGGUCCGGGUGAGGCUGCUCAAGUCGUGCGGCGAGAGAGCGACGAACGUAGGUACAAAACGCACUCGAAAAUUCACGCCAUCUUUCGCGGCGGCCAUGUGGUUAAGCUUUUCAUACAAAACACUUGGAAGUACCGGAUCAAGAUACACUCCCCUGUAGUACUCUUCCGCCCAGCUUGAAAUGCCACAAGGAUUUGCUUGCCAUGUCUUUAAGCGUGGACACUCUUUGCUCGAAGCCAGUCUCACCUCUUCACUUGCUUUCGGCAUUGUGGGUUUUGGUCUUUACACCAUCGAUUUCGGUGGCUUUUUAGCUUAGCUUGAAAAUGGGGACGACGUCAGCUGGUCGUAAUGUUUUGGUGGCGCAGGCCUUAGCGUUUGGUCUCCUCUCCACCGCCGCCAAUGCUGACUGUGCAGCGGGCUCUUCAACGCUUACAACCGAAGGUUGUUCGGGCUGUGGAGAAUACGAUUUGUGUCGCGGCUUCAGCUCACAGAGCGAGUGUUCAGGUUCUGGAUGUGAGGUCGACGGUGAAUGCACCUACGAGUGUAUGAGCGUGGGACCGAACCUCUCUACACUGGUUGUAUUGAUCGAGUUUGGCGGCUACAAGAGCUCGAAGGAAGUAGCAGCAGGAGGAUUCACCUUGUCCGGGUAUCCAGAUUUAACGAGCGAGUGGCCGUCGGCCAACAACGACGAUGUCACGGCUGUCGGUACCAUCGACUUGUCGUCCGCAGUCACCACUUUUAUAAUGUCGGGCGGAACUGCCGAUGUCGAGUAUCCUCAAGGCAAAGUGGCGAGUUUGACGUUGACUUCGGACUUUAUUUCGGCAGCCUCAGCGGUGACCAAAGUGGUGCUACAAAAUCUCGAUCUAAAUGACGAAAUUGCCUCGCUGUCAACGCUACUUCCAUCAACAGUGGAGAGUCUUGACCUUGCCAAUACGUUGUUGUCGUCAUUCCCAACAGAACUUGGUACCCUGACAUCACUCCAACAACUGCUACUGGAUUACAACUACAUCACGACGGUGGACUCUUUGGACGUGAUCGACUCGAUCAUUACACUGAGCAUCGAAAGAAACAGUUUAACGACCUUCUCGGGCGUAUUUACUAACUUGGAAUAUCUCUAUCUGGGCGCCAACAACCUCACGAGCGUCCCAACCGCAAUCUUCAGUCACUCGAAUCUAAAGACAUUAAACCUGACUGGUAACUCGUUUACAUCUCGAUCAUUCACCACCAAACAGGCAGAAUUCUUGAACAACCUGGAGACGCUAGUGCUUUCUGCUUCCGACUUCACUGUGGGUUUAGACUGUGACGACAUGGAUCAGGUCGUAGUACAUGAUGUGACGGUGUGUCUUAACGACGUAGUUGCCACUAGAGAGUCCAGCUCGGCCGGUGUGGAUGGAUCUGAUGCGCAGCCUUCAUCUUCUUCGGGUUCCUCGUCAACCAGCUUGAUCCUAGGGAUUAUUUGUGGACUAUUAGCUGUGGUCAUCGCUGCAAUUAUCUUCAUUUUCUACCGACGCAAGAAGAAAAGCUUCGUCGAUUCCAAGCUAAGCAGCAAUGCCGACGACCACUUCCCCUCUUCAAGUAACAAUCGUGAACUGAGACAGCAGCCGUACGGUCAACUGAGAACCUCAACUGGAGUUCCUCUGGGCAUUCCGAUGAGUACGAGUGGCGUUGCGAUGGGUAUUCCAACAGAGACGCCUGAAGGUGACGCUACUACAGGAAUUCCAACGACAGAGGAGGCUGAUACGUAUCAGUUAACCUCGUUAGAUGCCGCUCCAAUGAGAAAGAAGCCACACACGUUCCUGUCGAUCUGGAGCGACCCCGAGCUGCUGUCACUCCAGGUACGUGUGGAGGACAUUGAGGACGUCAAGCAGCUCGGCAGCGGAGCUUUCGCUACUGUUUGGCUCGUUGAAUAUCGAAAGUCACAGCUCCUAGCGUCCAAACGGCUUCGACCCGAGCGCCGUACCAAGAAACACACGUCGAAUUUCGUAGAGGAGAUCAAGUUGAUCGCCAACUUCGAUCAUCCAAAUCUGGUUAAACUCAUCGGAGCCGCUUGGACAAUCGAGAGUGACCUACAAGCGCUACUCGAGUACAUGGACGGAGGAGAUCUUAGACAGUAUCUCUCGGACGCGAGCACUCCGUUCGGCUGGUCGUUCAGGAAGUUCGAUAUCGCCAUCGGGAUCAUCGAAGCGCUCGUGUAUCUGCACUCGUUCGUGCCUCCUCUAGUUCAUCGAGACCUCAAGUCAAAGAACGUUUUGCUUUCGUCAGAUUUCCAAGCCAAAUUGAGUGACUUCGGUACGUCGCGCUUCCGAUCGGUGGAGAACACUAUGACGGCGGGGGUUGGGACUGGUCGGUGGUUAGCGCCCGAAGUGAUUCGAGGUGAUACCGACUACGGCUGCUCCGCUGAUAUCUACAGCUUCGGUGCUCUUCUUACUGAACUGGAUACAAACCAAAUCCCAUACAGCAACGCGCGCGGCUCCAAUGGAAAAGUGUUAACGGACAUGACGAUCCUUCAUCGUGUCGCGACGGGAAAGUUGCAUCCUGAAGUUCGAUCGACUUGUAAUGCGUCCAUGAAAGCUUUGAUCGAGCGUUGUCUAGUUGAAGACCCGUCCAAGCGACCUACUGCCACUGUUAUCGCGUAUGAACUGCGAAAAAAUCAGAAGGAGAUGGCUGCCUCUUUAUAGAGAAGAAGGACUGCAAAUAGUGAAUUUAUUCGACACGAUGUCAAGCCAUUGUGUCUUGAACGUAGGAUCUCAAGUAAUUAAACAAGAAAUUCGAGUUCCUAACUUGCAUUGACCCUGUCAGUCAAGAUCAC